CGGGAAGGGGGUGGAGAAAAAAACCCGAACGCAUGCCGACCGCGUGGAAACGGCGCGUGAGUGUGAGAAGAGUGCCGACCGACCGGACUGGCGGCAUCCGUAGCCGUGUGGCCCGUGUCAGUAUGGUUCUGUACUCGUCCCAGGCAACAGUGCCCGAGCGAAGCAGUGCGUGCUGGAACAUCGGCGUUCCCACACCAUAUCACCCCCACCCACCCCGAGCAGACACACGGGCCAGUGGACAGACAGACAGACAGGGACGGACAGGGCGGGCAAGAAACGCGGACCCGUCCGAAGGAGUGCGCCCCGAAUACAAGUGAGUGAGUGUGGUGAGCAGAGUGUGCAGUGGAGCCGCGGACUCCAAAAAGGCAGCGAAAGUGCAGCAGAUUAGUGGCCGCUUCUCUCUAGCAAGUGUAUUUGUGUGUGCGCGUGUGCGUGUGCGUGUGUGUGUAUAACGUCGCCUACCGUUUGCCUUGCCAGGUUCGGUGUGAUUCUAGCUGCAGUGAAAGUAGCGUGUGUUUAGUAGCCAAUUGUGCAGGGCCACCCAGCAGUAAGGGUAGUGGGUUUGUGUGAUGCUUGGGGCCGCUGAGAAGAAGAUGAGGAAAAAAAGUAUAGUGCCGUCCGGUGUGAAACGCUCCGGCUAGUGAGUUUCGUCCGAGCACACAUCAAUCAACCUCUAUCGCCUCUAUCAAACAAAACCGCGGCGGCCUCCGGUCCGGCAAGCUCCCGCACCAGUGCAAGACGGCGUCCCAGCAGCAACACUUUCCAUUCCUGAGCAAGGCGCGCGGUACCAGCGACGGGGACCACCAUUCCGGUACCGGCCACCGCCGGUAGCGUUGUGCAGCGACCGACCGCGUUCAGGCACGGGCGGUGCCGGUCGGUGUGGCCAGCCCGGGCCCGACCAGCCGACACGAUAAGCACCGAUAAGCAGCAGACGGCGGUGCGCAGACGCAGGCGACGCAAGAAAGCGCAAACACCGUAGGCCGAAGGGGGUUUCGGGGCACGCGAUGGGCCACGCACGGUGGCGCUACCGUGCACCGUCAUCGAGCCCCCGCCGGCCCCAGGAAAGGCGACAGGCUCGGCUGAGCGCAACAGUCCGGUUCGGCCCGCUGCCCGAGUAGCGGUGCUGACCCCUCCCCGUGUGCGUGUGUGUGUGUGUGUGUGUGCUGGUGGCGGAGAUUGUGUUACCACGGUACCCGCCUGGGGAGCCUGGGUGACCGACCCCGGGAUCCACCGUGGACAAAAGCUUCCACACUGCUCGAGCUCGAGCGAUCGACGCCAAACGCGAAAGACAAUGGAGGCGUAACCUAAUCGGGCCAGCGAGUGAAAUCGAAAGUGUUUUGCUUUGUGUGUAUGAGUGUGUGCGUGUGUGUAGGUGUGUGUGUGUAUGCGCGCUCGAUGUGCAUUAGAAGUAAGGAACAGCAUCGAACCGGGCCCUCGGUCAUAUCGCCAAAUUGUAUAUGUGUGUGUGUGUGUAUGUGUGUUAGGUGUGCGUGUGUGUUUGUUCGCGUUUUUAAAUGUCGUUUGCUAUAAGUAACUGUAACAGUAAGACACAGUAAGACACAUACUACUGAACCACAGUACACCGCGGCUAGCCCACCACUAGGGCCAAUAAUCUAAUCACACAAACACACACACAAUAAAUAUAUAAAUAUACGUAUAUACACACUCAAACGCAGCCACAAGCGUCACAGGCUACAAGCACACCAAAAGGCUCGUUAGCGCAGCGCCUCUCAGUCAGGCAGCGUGCGCCGAGCAGCAGUUUCGGAUAAAAACGGGUAAAAUUUUGUGUCUCCAGAGCGCCAAGCCGAGCGGGCCGUAGAGUUCGCUUACCUGCAUCCACGUACCACUCCUUCCUAACCGCGACCUCAGCACGAUCCUCGUGGACUGUUUCUCGCUCCGCAACCGACACCGGCACCGUCAAGCAAUAUAGCCAGCCAGGUGAAACAAAGUAACAAAAUCCACACACACACACACAAGGCCACACACGACGGUCAAACGCACGCACUCACUCACCUGCCGUGAGUGUUCCAAGCGAAGUCGGUUUGUCGUCUAACGCGUUGCGGAGGUUCGUGUUCGUGUCAUUCGUGGUGGUACGUGAAUUUGUAUGUGUGUGUGUGUGUGAGCGCGCGCGAGUAAAAAAGGUAGAGGAGAGUUCGCUCUAGCUAGGCAAGCGUUAGUGAAUUUUUGUAAGUAAUUGCUGCAACUGCUCGAAUCGAGGAGCCCGAAACUACCGGAACCUCGCUAAACCCGUCAUGCUAGAGAUAUUCGUGCAACAAUUGCAGCAGCAGCAGCAGUGUGUGUAUUUAGCGUACUCGAUAGGAGUGAUACAGUAGAGAAACCAAAGAGGCAAAGACAGCAGAAGGUGCGAACAAGCGAACGAAUCGAAUCCAACCAUCGUUCAACCGAAGGGAGAGCGAAGAGCCGGCAAUCCGACACACCGAGCGUUUUGGGAGGGGGGGUGCGAAUGUGCGGCGGGCGGAGGGCACCGUAGCGAUUAUGGAUUUCGUCUCGUCGCCGCCGGGCAACAUCACGCAGGAGGACUUCCUCGCGAUCGUGGGAGCGAACGGCACUGUCGGCGGUGGCCCAACCAUGUUUAACGAUUCCCUGGCGGCGGCGGCGGCGGCUGCGGCAGCUGCCGCAGCAGCAGCCGGUGGUGUGGCCGGGCCCGGCGGUACCGCCGCCGGUGUCGGGCCGGGCGAGAACCUCACCAUCCUGCACGGUGCGUACCCGAGCGGGUACACGCUGCCCCACAUCAUCAUCGCCUCAAUAAUCGUGACAAUACUUAUGAUCGUCAUCGUCGUCGGCAACAUGCUCGUCAUCAUAGCGAUCGCGACCGAGAAGACGCUGAAAAACAUCCAGAACUGGUUCAUCGCGUCGCUCGCGGUCGCCGACUUCUUUCUCGGUCUCGUGAUCAUGCCGUUCUCGCUCGCGAACGAGCUGAUGGGGUACUGGAUCUUUGGCAACUGGUGGUGCGAUGUCCACUCCGCGAUGGACGUGCUGCUGUGCACCUCCUCCAUCAUGAACCUGUGCCUGAUCUCGCUCGACCGGUACUGGAGCAUCACCAAGGCGAUCGAGUAUCUCAAGUCGCGGACGCCGGCCCGGGCCGCGUUCAUGAUUGCCGCCGUCUGGAUCAUGUCCGCGCUCGUCUGCAUACCGCCGCUGCUCGGGUGGAAGGCACAGCGGCCGGAAGGGCACGUGGAGCUGCCCCAGUGUCAGCUGAGCCAAGACAUCGGGUACGUGCUGUACUCGGCGCUCGGAUCGUUCUACAUUCCGAGCUGCAUCAUGGUAUUCGUCUACAUCCGGAUCUACUUUGCGGCGAAGGCCCGGGCCCGGCGCGGUAUACGCAAGAAGCCGCUCAAGCCACCGAGCGAACAGGAUACAAGUUUUACGCGGAAUGCCGGUACCGUGCCGAUGCCCUCGCUACCCAGUGCCUCUAGCAAUAACAAUCAGUCGGCGGCGGCGGCGGCCCAUCAUCAGCAGCACCCGGUGCAGCUUUCCAGCGGGGCGCAGGGCGGUGGCAGCACGCAGAUCGCGACGAUCGAGCCGCCGCCGCGCGGCACCCCGAUGCCGAUCCCGGUCGUGACGUGCGAUUUCGCGUCGGACAUGUCGACGAGCGAGGCGGCCACGGCCGAGCAGGACCAGCACGGCCCAAUCUCGCCCGUCGCGCUCGAGCCGAAGGACACGCUCAAGGUGACGCAGCCGGCGCAGCAGGGCCGGAGCACGAACGGCAUCACGGCGGCGGGGGCGGCCACCGAACCGGUCGCCUCCCCGUCGUCGGCGGCCGCCCGCAGCCGGGCGCUGUCGGUCGGCAUCGACACCGACAUGGUGAGCGAGUUCGACCCGUCCAGCUCGGAUUCGGGCGUGAUCAGCCGCUGUGCGGUGGUGAAGCCGCUCAAGUUUCGCCUCUGCCAGCCCAUCUUCGGCAAGGGCAAGGCGAAGGCGCGGCAGGCGAACGCGAAGGCCGCCGGCCACGGCGGGGCGCACGCGGGGCGGGGCAACGCGCCCAACUGCACGCAGCCGAUGCUGGCGGCGCCGGGCGGCCAGCAGGCGAUCUCGCAGCUGAUCGCGGCCAAGCAGACGGACAGCGCGUGCAGCGAGCUGGAGCCGGCCCUGCCCCCGAAACCGAAGCCGCGCGACCCGGAAAAGGAGAAGCGCCGGAUCGCGCGCAAGAAGGAGAAGCGGGCGACGCUCAUCCUCGGGCUGAUCAUGGGCAGCUUCAUCGCGUGCUGGCUGCCGUUCUUCUUCCUCUACAUCCUGGUGCCGGUCUGCCCGGACUGCCACAUCCCGGACAGCGCGUUCUCGCUCGCGUUCUGGCUCGGCUACAUGAACUCCGCGCUCAACCCGGCCAUCUACACCAUCUUCAACAAGGACUUUCGGCGCGCGUUCCGGCGCAUCCUGUUCAAGUGAUGUUUAGCGUACGUGUGCUGCUAUCGCUGCGUCUCCCGUAGCAUCGAGAAGGCUACGGAGCGGGCCAUUGGCGGCGCACAGCUCGGCGGCGGCUACCGGACCGGCGGCUACCUGCGAUGAUAAUACGCGCCGCUAGGUGGCGCACCCGCACCGCUGUUCCUACUACAGUCACCACCAUCGUCAUCACCAGCACCGGCGCCAGCGUACCGCGAGCCGGCCGGCACCAUCGCGCUGCUCGUCUUGGUGGCCGCCAUCGCCGUCGCCACCAUCGAGCCGUGCUGGAGGAGGCCCUGGAUGGUGCCGCGGGGGAUACCGGCGCGCGAAGGGUAUGCAACGCCGCCCAUCUUUCGGUAACACCAAUGCGAACAAGCAGAGAGCAAUAGCUGUAGAGAGAAGGAGAGAACACGAAAGAUUAAAAAUGUAAAGCAAAAAAAGCAACACAAAAACACUCACACACAUAUUUACUGCAUCUUUGAGUCAUCUUUGUACACUCUCACAUAACACACACACAUAUACAUGCGUAUAGCUGUGUGCGUAUCAGAAUGAUUUGGGUGUAGUGUUUAGCAGUACUUUUCCCCACCAAUUACUCUCCCACCAAGCGUAAACAUGGCGAACGGACGUGCGAGCAUUGUGAAACGAGAAAAAAGCCGGAGAAGCAAACUACGAAAAUAAAUACUGCGGCAGAGGGAGAUGAGGCGAACAAACAGCAUCAAAUGAUCAAAGCAGACGACACGGAGAAGCUAUCCGGCAAUACUUAAACAAUUAUUCGCACGAAGCUGUGUACUUAUCUGCAAACCAAACCGUAGUGUGCGUAGCGUACUACCACUAUAUAUCUAGCUAAAAAUGUAAGGGACGGCCAGUUGGACACUAAACAAGUAAAAAUCGAGUUACGGGCAGCACGGCAAAGCAAACCAAAUCGCCCCCCCCGAAGUAGGUGGUACUAUGAGUAGGAAAAAAAAACAUAAAUAGACGGUAAGACAGUGGGUUUCUGCACAGCAUAACACAGUGGGAAGGGACACAAGCGCAAAGCGUAGGGUACACAAUGCACAACCUUCCUUCCUGGAACAGCCGACACGUGUACAUAGUGCAGGCAAGAGGCGGUAUAACAAGAGCGAGCCGAACAAAAGCCCAGGAAUCCAGCAAUCAAAAAUCAAACCUCUUCUCGCAGUUGUGGCGCUCGGCAGCUGAGGUGAUGAGUGAACUGGGAGUGGUCGUUUGCUUCGCUCUCCGCGUCUUAAGCUCGGCGGCCGGCGGUGGGGCUUGCUGGCGGAACACAAAACCCGGUGACUAGUGGGUCUGGGACUUAGCUAACUAAUUUCAAACUAGUAAUUAUCAGCACACGUGCGGGCAGCGUAAAAAGGAUGGGUGAUACGAAACCGCUGAAAUUGCGCCGCGUAGAAAUAUUUAGCAAAACAAACAAAAAAACGCCCCCACACAGAGCGAUGCAUUCGCCGGCUACACCAUUUGCAUUCAGAUUCGGGGGAAAGUUGGGCGAGCGAAGGGUCAACAGGGAUGGGCAGGCAAAUUGGAACCGUGUUUGUCCUCGGGGCAGGCACCGGUUUUAAGCACCGUCAAACAAAUGCUAUUACUUUAUUUGUGUUUAAAUAGCACACGCACACAAACGCAAAUAUGUCACUGUGUUUUUUGUUCUUUUUAGAACCGAACCGAAACCACCCGCCCGCGGGAAGCAGAUCCGGGAGCGAUGGAAAUGUAAUGAAAAUUGCAGAAACAUUUAAUAACAAAAAAACCUUUGCACGCAAAUUUUAAUUAUGCAUUCUAAAUCGCUCCCGCUCAAUGCGGUGCGUGCGAAUCCAAUUUACUUCUCGACGAUUUCAUUUUGCGAAAAAUGUUGCCACCAUUGCCACCACCAACCCCAAUCGAGCUGGAUGCAUUUGGGGAAAGCUGAGCGCUAGCUGCAGCGCAAGAGGGAAAGAAUGUACUAAAGGAAGGUGAAAAGAGGAAGCAAAAACAACAACAAAAAAAACUUGUAAAAAUCAAUGACUAAUAGUUGGUAAAUACCGGUAUUAAACAGGGGGGUUGGGGGAGCGGAGACAGCACCUGCGGUGGCGGGGACCGCUUCCGGGCCCCGCCGCGCGUCCAAGUGCGAAGCUGCCAACCCCCUCGAUCGAACGUGAUGCGUCCGAAUCCUGUUUUUUUGUACAUAGCGGAAGCGGCCAGACAGAUUGAGGGAAACCACACACACACACACACACACACACAGCAUAUUGCAACCCAGGCAGAGAACAAGACAAUGCACAUACAAACACACACAUACACACACCCACACAUGCGUACGGUAAAGCGAGUAGGACGGUGUGCGUGGUCGUUUCUCGAGGGUAAAGGAUGUUGCGUGAAGUUGUUUUAUAAAAACAAACGCGCCACUUGUGUCCUUGCCUGAGACAAUUCCGAUGCGCAACCAGGGAAGGGAAGGAAAGGGAACAGGAAGAGUUCGGUGGAGGGGGGGGGGGUUGUUUUGGGGUGCGGAGGACUGGCGAGGAUUGAGGGAGGCAGAGAGCGCGGCAAAGGCACGAAACUCGCACGCUCUCACCCACAAGCAAUAACACUGUACCGGAGUACGGUACUCUUUACUGAUGCUUCCUUCUCAACCCGCCAUCCCCUUGACCACCACCCCUCACCCCUCUCAUGAGGCGAUUGUUUUUUCUCUCUCUCUCUCUCUCUCUGUAAAUACACACUAUCAUAAACUUCAAACUACGCGCCCCCAGUAAACAGACGGCUUGAUGCGCUAAUCGCAAGGCGCAUGCUUGCAACGUUCAGGCUUAUUCUAGCUCUUUUGCUCGAUUUGGGUCGAGUAGAGAGAUUUGAAUCGAUUGCUCUUUAAAAUUUGCUUGUUGUUUUCGUUUCUCGGAGAUGUCUUUUAAAAACACUCACAAAAUCAUAAUUGUAGCCAAGAAGUAAGGAUUCUCCUUAUAAAAAUUGAAUUGAAAUGAUUCUUCUUAUCUAACCUUCCCGCUAAACAUUGCAAGGGUUUCGAGUAGUAAUCUUCUGUAAAUUCUAAAUAAUAACUGCUUACCUUCACAAGCUGUUGUAAUCCCAGGUGACAUUUGCUCGCACUUGUUAGUCCUCAUCUGCUCGACUACUACUCGAAACUACUGAUAUAGUGAAUUUGUGUGUCAGUAAAUUAGACUCUCUUCUAUGGAUGAACGAUAGCAUCUUGCUGAUUUAACAUUCAGAGCUUUGCUUUUUGAUGUCAAACAGAAGCAUAUUUUGUGGGACGUUAUUUUCUGAAAAUUCGGUAUUUUUUAAAGUAUAAAAUGGCUACAUGACCGACUAUAACGAAAGGAAACGUUAUUUUUCGGUAAAAUCAGAAGAAAAAAAACGAAAAAUUCACAUCACAGUUGAUUUUAAAGAGCAUUUUUCUAUGUUCCCUUGAACUGGUGCAGUUUCAAGGAAGUUUAAGGUUCCAGUUUAAGGUGAAUUGAUCGAAUGCUCGAUAAUUCAUGCUCGAAAAUGUCAAAUUUCAAUGUGACAUUUGUUCUAAAUUUUUAACCAUGAUCUGCUCGAAUGGUGCUCGAAAUACCAAAAAAUGUGGAUUUGUGUGUGAUAAACCGUGAAGAAAGUAUCAAAAUUUCGAUUGUGCGUGCGAAGGAUGAUGGCGUCCAAUUCGUUUUAGAUUAAUUUGCUUGAAUAUUUGGAUAAAAAAGGAGGUACAUUUCGUACGGCGUUAUUUGGUGAAAAUUCGAUGGUUUUUUGUAUAAAAUAAAUUAUACGACCAGUAAUAAGCAUUGGAAACGUUAUUUUCCAAAGGAUAGAAAAGAAAGCAUCGAAAAAUACUUCACUUCACAGUCGAUUUUAAAGGGCUUGUUCUAAAAGUCUCUUUAACUGGUGCAGUUUAAGGGAAGUUU